AUGUCUGAACCGAUAUUCUUACUCAAAUCAACAAUCCAACGAACAAUUCAAAAUACAUUCACACAAAUCACGCCUUUGAACCUAAUAACCCUCUUCUUUGUAACAAUCUUUACCAAGCUGGUGUAUAAACUAUUUUACGAAAUUUAUUUGAGCCCAUUAAAACAUAUUCCUGGGCCAAAAGCUUGUGCGUUCACUGAUGUUCCGCUUCGAAUGAGACGUCCUUAUGGACAUGUGUAUUCGUGGUAUCAGGAGUUGCAUUCACAGUAUGGAAAUGUUGUUCGUGUUGCGCCUGGUUUUGUAAUGUUCUCAAAUAAAGAGGCCAUAAGGCAGAUUAUGAUUGAGGAUCAAUUUCCAAAAAAUACAGCAAUAAAAAAUAUCCAAACAAAUCCUAACGUCCCAACUCUCUUCACAAUGACUGACCCAACUUUCCAUAAACAACGAAGAAGACUUCUUUCCCACGCUUUCUCAGUGAAAUAUCUUUCGAAUAUCGAACCACUAAUACAUUCAUGCGUUGAAUCACUCGUAAAUAAACUCGCUUCGUUAUCAAAUGACAAUGAUUUGAAAUCACCGGUAGUCAACAUUUACGGCAUUUUACAAUCUAUGGCAUUAGAUGUUAUCGGCGAGACUGCUUUCGGCGGAUCAUUCAAUAUUGUGGAACAAGGUAAUCACCCAUUACCCAAAAAGGUUUCCGAUGAAUUUAAGCGACGCGUCAUCUGUGCAACGUUCCCUUUUUUGAGACAUUUCAAGAAACAAGAUCCGUGGACUCAAAAUUUCACUAAUAACAUUAUUCGAGAACGACGCGAAAUGAAUGCCAGAGGGGAAAAACGAAUGGAUCUUUUACAGAUGUUGUUGGAUGCACGCGACGAGGAAACAGGAGAAGGGUUAUCAGAUUUUGAUAUUUAUGAUCAAUCAGUAGAAUUUGUUAUGGCUGGUAGUGAUACCACCGCAUUCACAACAUUUAUGGCAUUGAUGCUACUACUACAUCACCCUGAAAAAUUCCGUGUUCUCAUGACAGAGUUCAACUCUCUCUCAAGUGACAAAAUUCCACGCCAUGAAUCUUUAAAACAUCUCACCUACCUAAACGCAGUCAUCAACGAAACAAUGCGAUUGUGGCCUGUUGCAACUGGUGGAUUUUCUCGAGAAGCACCAAAAGACAUGGCAAUCAACGGAACAUUUGUUCCUAAAGGCACUCAGAUAAUCGCGUCAGUCUACAGUAUACAUCACUCGAAAGAAAUUUGGGGCGCGGAUGUCGAAGAAUUCGUCCCGGAAAGAUGGUUAAAUGAGAAAAAUAAGAGUAAUCUAAAUCGACACUUUUAUCCGUUUGGAGGUGGUUCGCGACUUUGUAUCGCCAUGAAUUUCUCGUUGAUGGAAAUUAGAAUUGCGUUGGCGGCGUUGAUGAUCAAUUUUGAGUUUGACAUGGUCAAAGGACAAGAUCUGGAAAUUGUUCAUUAUCUUACGCCGUCGUUGAAGACGAAGCGGUUUGAUGUGCACGUACGACAACGAAACACUCAUUGA